CCUUGGUUCUCCGGAAGCGGAGAGGCGGAUCUGCGACGAGUAGCUUGAGACCAAGGCCAAACCUAAGAGGACCGGGAGGGUAGCGGUCCCGGCUGCGGCGCCAAGGUGGAGCACGAUGGACGAGGCCGGCAGCUCUGCAGGCGGAGGCGUCAGCGUUAGCGGCUUCCGCCCGGGCGUGGACAGCCUGGACGAGCCUCCCAACAGCCGCAUCUUUCUGGUCAUCAGCAAGUACACGCCCGAGGCGGUGCUGCGGGAGCGCUUCUCCCCGUUCGGAGAGAUCCAGGACAUCUGGGUGGUGCGGGACAAGCACACCAAAGAGUCCAAGGGCAUCGCCUUCAUCAAGUUCGCCCGCAGUUCGCAGGCUUGCAGGGCCAUGGAGGAGAUGCAUGGCCAGUGCCUGGAGCCCAACAACACCAAGCCCAUCAAGGUAUUUAUUGCUCAGUCAAGAUCAUCUGGAAGUCACCGAGAUGUUGAAGAUGAAGAACUUACAAGAAUCUUUGUUAUGAUACCAAAGUCCUACACAGAAGAAGAUCUACGAGAAAAAUUUAAGGUGUAUGGAGAUAUCGAGUAUUGCAGCAUUAUUAAGAAUAAAGUCACUGGAGAAAGUAAAGGUUUGGGCUACGUACGAUAUUUAAAACCAUCACAAGCUGCCCAAGCAAUAGAAAACUGUGAUCGAAGUUUUAGAGCAAUUUUAGCUGAACCAAAAAAUAAACCAGCCGAAUCUUCGGAGCAAGAUUAUUAUAGUAACAUGAGGCAGGAGGCUUUGGGACAUGAACCUAGAGUAAAUAUGUUUCCAUUUGUUGGAGAUCAACAGCCUGAAUUCCCAAAUUUUGACAAGAAUGACAGCAGAGGCCAGGAAGCUAUCUCCAAACGCCUGUCAGUUGUAUCAAGAGUUCCUUUCACUGAAGAGCAGCUUUUCAGCAUUUUUGACAUAGUACCAGGAUUGGAGUAUUGUGAAGUUCAACGAGAUCCUUAUUCAAAUUACGGUCAUGGAGUGGUUCAGUAUUUUAAUGUAGCAUCAGCUAUUUAUGCAAAAUACAAGUUACAUGGAUUUCAGUACCCUCCUGGAAAUCGAAUAGGUGUUUCCUUCAUUGAUGACGGGAGUAAUGCAGCAGAUCUCCUUAGAAAAAUGGCCACACAGAUGGUAGCUGCACAACUUGCCUCAAUGGUGUGGAAUAACCCAAGCCAGCAGCAAUUUCUGCAGCAAUUUGGAGGAAGUUCUGGAUCGCAGCUGCCUCAAAUCCAGACGGACAUUAUACUUCCAUCGUGCAAAAAAAAAGCCGAUCCAGAAACUCCUGUGAAAGAAAGACUCUUUAUUGUGUUUAAUCCUCAUCCUUUACCACUAGAUAUAUUAGAGGAUAUAUUCUGUCGUUUUGGUAACCUGAUCGAAGUUUACCUUGUGUCAGGAAAAAAUGUGGGGUACGCCAAGUUUGCAGACAGAAUGAGCGCCAACGAUGCCAUUUCAACUUUGCAUGGGAAGAUUCUGAAUGGGGUCAGACUUAAAGUUAUGCUGGCAGAUUCCCCAAGAGAGGAGUCUAACAAAAGGCAAAGAACUUACUGAUUCUCAGAAGAAAGACUAAAUAAUGACAUAAUCCUCAGCUGACUGACUGAAAAUGUGACUGGACGCACUCCCUGUGGACAGCUGACAGCUUUUUUUUCAUAUACCUGAUACCAUUGUUUUAUCGGGAAAUCAGGGGUGGCUGACAUGUAUUAUAAAAUCCAUACCUUAAUGCUGAAACUAAUAUCAUAGUUGUUUCUUAGAAUAAUAUGUUGUUAAGUGUGGGAAACAUGAAGUAUUUUGAAGAAAAAAAAAAAACUAUGUUGUUAUGUAUAGCAGAAAUAAAAUUUUCUUUGCUUAAAUAAAUCAUGACUUUGGUCAAUCCACAUAAUUGGUCUAAAGCCUGAUUCCCUACAGUUUUCACCUGCUAGUCUUCACCUUUGUCGUGGACCGUACUGGAGUUGAAUCUCACUCGGUCACAUGGUAGCUACUGUGAAUGUUCUUGCUCUCCUAAGUUUUCUGUUGAUCCCAGUGGCUGCCGAGGUUAGGCUGUCACUCCAGCAGAGACAUGUGUCAGCAGGAUGCCUAAGUUUCCUUCUUUGAGUUCUUCAUGCAAAUUUGAAAGAGACCUAUGUAAUACCUCUUGAUUAUGAAACACUUAUUUACUGUUUCAGUGGAAGCAACCUUCUGUUUUGUUUUCUUUCCCAGUGGCAUGUAAAUGAACAUUGCUUAUUUCAGCUUGUGUGUGUGUGCUUCUUUCUAAACUUCUCAUUUACCCUUAGUCCCACUUUAUUCUCUCUUACAGUUGAUCUCUAAAAGCUUAUUUUUAAAAGUAGAAUAUAUUUUUCUUAAAAUGAGGAAACUAGAACCCAAAGAACAAUGUUUUGUGAAUUAGUGCCUUUACUUUUCAGUAAAGUCAUGUUUACCUCUCAGAUGUACUUGGAUAUGAAAAAUAUAUGAUUUAGAUGUUCAGCAAAUUUCCAGUGUUAAAACUUCAAACAUAGUAGAAUUUUAUCGUAUAUUUCUUUUUAAAACUUAAGAAUGAGCCAGGCAUGGCAGCGCAUGCCUAUAAUAGCACUCUGGGAAGCAGAAGGAGCAAGGUCACGAGUUCAAGCACAACUUAGAUCAAAAGACUGGGGAUGAAGCUCAAUAUGAAUGCCCUAGGUUCAACCACAGUGCUACAAAAAAUAAUUUAAAAGGUAAACAAUAUGGCUCAGUAAGCGUUUUUCACUUUGGUAAAAUAACAUGUGACACAAAGCCUAAUAAAUCUUGCAGAACUGUGUUAUAUAAAAAGCCAAAAAGAAAAUUCCAUAAUUAGUUACAAAAUGGUAUUAUAUGUUCAUCUUACCCUAGAUAAAAAAAAAAGUUAAAAAUGCCAAGGAAAUUACUAUAGUAAAAUUUUGAAUUUUGAAUUUCCUUAAAUUUUGCUUUAUGCAGUAUGUUAAUUGGAUCCUACUCAAUAUUAAUGAAUCUAUAAAAAAGAAAUGAGCAGUUUUUAUCAUGGGACAGUGAUAAGUGUUGGCAUUCAAAAACAGUGAAUUCCAUGAUUAUUUAAGGCAAUGAACCUGAAAAAUUGCUUUUAUACCUUAAGCAGUAAUUUUUAACCUUUGGUGUCCUUAGAAGCAGCUUGAGUGUUUGAAAUACAGGUAUAAUGAUUCUGCAGGUUAGGGUGGAGUUUUCAACAAGCUCCUUAAGUGAUUCUGAUCGAAUGGUGAUUAGCAUUCAGUAUAUUAGAUUGCAAUAUAUUGACCUACAAAGAUUCCCGAUGUUGGACUUGAGGUUGGACUGUUAUAAAAAAGUAAGACAUUUAGAGAAAUGUUUCCAAGUAUUUUCACAUUGAAUGUGUUUUAGAAUUAACUUCUUUGUCUUCCAUUUAAUACCUGUAAAUAUGAAUUGCAUUAAGAAAUUGAAAAACACAAGCCACUUCAAAAUAGUGGGCUAUCUUGGUGAUGUUAAUAUAUUUUGAUAUUUUUAAAGAAUGAUAAUUAUUUGCUUUAUGUCAUUUAAGCUCCUACCUUAUUGUAAUUUUUUACCAUUAUUUUUGAAUGAAUUGUGUAAAUAAAUUAUUUUCAAACUUGGAGCUCUAAAGAAUAUAGGUACUCUUUCUAAAUGACAAAGGAAUAUGAGAAAGGUAUAGUUACCAAUAGCACAAAAACCUAAAUAAUCAGAAGGGUAGAGAAGUGUAUCUAAGUGUAUGUGAUUGUUCUAUAGUCAUAAAUGAAUUUAUAAAAUGCUUUUUUGUAUACCCCCAAAAUUGUUAAUUUAGAGGUAUAUUUUAUUUCCAAUAAAUUAAUAAAUACAUAAAACUAAAAAUGAAGACAGCAAAUGAGAUACUUAAAUAGAUUUUUCUCCUUGAUAUAGAUACAUACAGGUAUAAUUUUUCUUCUACAUUCAUAGGGGUUAAGGUCUCUUAACCCUGCAAAGAUUGUAAUUUUUAAAUUUUUGCAUGAAAUUCAUAUAUGUUACCAAGGAACAAGAAUUUGAAGAGAAAAGUUAUUUUGUUCCAUAGCUUUAGGUGUUCCAAAAUUGGAGCACUAGACAUUUAAGGGUUAAAGGCUUAGCAUUUAUCUUUCUGUUUGAUUCAAGUAAAGAGGGAAAACAUAAAGGUCGUCCAUAUUACAUAUGAAGUUCCAUUUUAAUAUAUGAAUUCUAAUAAAUGGAUUGCAUUAUUUCCUUUUCUAGAAACAGUAACUCAAGAGGUCAUGGAUCCUGCGAGCAGAAGGUAUGGUAUUACUAGAAAGUCACAUGAAAUAGUUAAAACAUGAAAUUGCAGUUCAUGUAUUACAGCAUCACACUUUGAUCAUGAUACAUUGCACUACAUUUUCUGAGGGCAGGUCUUACUCUACACUGAGCAGUGUACCAGAUUCUGUUAAAAACCAUUUGAAUAAUUAUCACACAACAAAAAAGGAGAGCUAGGAAUAUAGCUAAGCCGGCACAAGUGCCUUCCUGGCAAGUGCAAGGUCUUGAGUUCAGUUCCCACUAACAACAAAAAAAGUUCUAUUACUAUCAUAUGUGAAUUGAAGCCAGAACAUGAGCACCCAGGUCCAUAAGAGUAAAACCGGUCUUUCCAGCUUCUUUGAGAACUUUGAACUUAGUGUAAGGAAGUCCCUGCACUCUCCUCUACAGCUAAUGGACCUCCUGGAAUUUCUUCAGGGAAAUUGUCUGACCACUUUGAAGAUCUUAUUUUACAUCAACCCUCGAGUGGACAGUAAAAGAACUAAAAGCAGUCCCUGAAGUCUGCCCAUUCCCCUGAAAUUUGAACUCAUUGAGAAGUGGAUAAAUAGAUGUUUGAAGCAGUGUGUCACUUAAGGAGGCCAACAAGAGAGAGUGGUUUCUCUUUUUGGAAAAAACCAGAAAAGCAUUAUUUUACUUUGACAGUACUAGUUUAAAAAUCUUUAAAACUAUCAAGCCAUAUUAGUUAAGGAAAUGCAAAUUAAAACUGCAGUAAAGGGUCUGGGGGUUUAGCUUAGUGGCAUAAGACCUGCUUGGCAAGCUCAAGGUUGUGAGUUUAAUCCCCAGUAAUAAAUAAAUAAAAUAAAUAAUAAACUAAAUUUUUUAAAACUACAGUAAGAUCUUUUUUGUAGUAAAGCAAAAAAAAUCAAAAUAACUACUAGGUGUGAGGGUGUGGAGCAAUAGGAACUGCUGUUGGGAGGGUAAACGGACUCAGUCACUUUGGAAAAUGUUUGGCAGUGUCUUAAAGUGGAACAUACAUAUAACUCUCAACUCAGCAGUUCCAUUUCUAAGCAUGUAUCCAACAGAGAUGUGUAUGCAUAUUUACCAAAAGACAUACAAAGUAUUCUUAGCAUUAUUCAUGAUAUUUUCAUAUUGAGAGUAGUAGCUCCACUCUCUAUGAACAGAAUGGGUAUUUGGACCAUGUUGUUCUCUGUAGCAAGAAGGUAAGCAAAGUUUUCUUUUGGUUUGAAGGAAUCUGAAAAACAUCCUGAGCAAAAGAAAGCAGGCAAAGAAAAGGAAAUAUGCUGCCUGACUUCCUCUUAAGUAAGAAUUCAGAAACACCUUUGGGAAGAGUGAAACAGAGAAGUAUAUUCACAAGGAGGGGAGGUUAGGAUGUGCUAGAAAUACUUUCUUUCUUGACCUGAGUGAUGAUGAGCUUGUAAUAAUUUUUGAGCUGCAUUCUGGCUCAUGCAUUUCAAAUAUUUAUCUGACACCACAGUUAAAGUUCUUGUUUCUUAAUGAACUAACCCAGAGCAAUGCUGGUGGAACAGGUGGUUCCUGUCCUGAAGCUUUUAGGAGAAAGGGCCUUUCUUAAUUCUCCCCUGGCAGAGAUGGCGAGAAUGUGGGCAGACACCUACUGUGCUCCCCACUGGGGUGCAACAGGCAUUGCCAUGACAAGGCAGGAAAGAAAGAUACUAAGUUACAGUUUGUGUCAGAAGGAACACACAGUCAUGGCACUGAAAUAAUCUACGAUGCAUAGAGAAAGACUGUUGGGGAAUCCAAUGGGUUCUCGCGAACCCACAAAGGAAUUCUCCUUCAUCUCUUUCUUUAAAGAGAUUCUGUAGCUUGACAAUAAACAAAAGGCUCCAGACCAAAUAAUCAGCUAACGAAACACCCUGGGUUGGAUGCAGGCUGUAACCCUCACCCCCAUCUAUUCAGCUGCUUUGUAAUGGAGAAGACAAGAAGGGACAUUGGUGAGGCAACCACAAUGUUUAUAUCUGCUUCCUAGUAGCUAAAUGUAUUGAGCCCCUGUCGUUUCUUUAUCAGGCACCGGCUAGUUACUUUGCAUACCUCUCAAAACCCUCUGAGGUAAGUACCACUUUUUUUAUUUUAGUGAUGCUAGGAAUCAAACCCAGGAUCUCGCAUAUUCUAGGCAAGUGCUAUAAAUCUGGGCUACACCUAGCCUAGAAGUAAUGUUUAUAAAUAAGCAGAUACAGUAGAAAUGAAGAAACAUUUUCCCCAGGGUCACAGUCACCGAAUGUGGGAAAGUACUAAGCAUUAAUGGCUAUGAAGAAGAAACACCACACACAGCAGGGUGGUUCAGUAGUUCUUGGGGGAAGGUAUUAUUUUUGUUCUUGGCAACUAGGACACUUGACAGAGAGCCAGCACAGCACAGAGGUGACCUAACAUUUCAGUGCUGGGUAAAAGAAAAUUCACAGCAGUAAGUGCACUGGUGGAACUCCCCAUCAACCCCUUUCGGCAACCAGCUGAUCACUAACGUGUCCCUGAAGAGUGUACUCUCAACCUGCAUAGUGGAGAAACAUUACUUCAGGCCUGGUAGGUAGUCUGAGCCUUCCAGAGAUUCAUCCGAGCUUCUCAUCUGGAAACUGCCUUUCCAGAGGUUACCAAGAGAGACUGGCCAGAAUUUCAAAACUGACUUGAGUUUUCAUGGUGCAGCCAUUGGGCCUUCAGGAGGCAAGGGAAGCCCUGUGGCUCACCUGAAGAUAGUAAUCUGCAUGCCAUCUACACCAAGAGAGUCACCUUCAUAUACAGAGACAUCUAGCUGGCUCAGUGGAUACAGGCAGAAAGAACAACCGAAGGCAAUUUUUAUGGCAUUUUGAAUAUAAUAAAUUCUGUAAAAUACUUUGGUUGAAUUUUGGUGACUUUUUGUAAGAAAUUGUUUCUAAUAUGUUGCAUUUGUGCAUAAGUCAUUCCGUCUUUUGCUCGGGAUGAGUGGGAAAAGUGACUGCUCACAGACCUCAGUGAUGUGAGCACUGGCUCAGGAGUGACAUGGUGUUAACAUGCAGAAGGACGGCUGAGAGGUCUUGCUUUGCUUGAUGCCUGUUUCUGUAUGUUAGUGACUGACUGGGGAGUGGUUAGAAUUGAUAAAUGUGUGCAGGGUCCUUUUGCAAUAAAACUGAUUAUGAUUCGA